AAGGAAAUAUGAAAAGCCAACCGCCCAACGGAGGGCCUAGGCGCUUUUCAAAGGGCAUCACCACCUUGAAUGCCGACUCUGUACACUAAACAUGGUCCAAUGGCAUCUAAAUAUAGUUUUUGUGAUUCAUUGUCCUCCCAAUUGCAACCCGACCACUUUGGAGAAAAGACGGCGCCUGCUUCACUCGGUGUAGCGACCGGACCCGUGCCACCGAACAGCUCACCUCGACUGUGAGAGUCUUGGUGGCGGUGACAGCCAAGGCCAUCCGCCAUCAACAGCCUGCGGGUGUGGCCAAGCCCGGGUCACCCGAGACAGCCUUGCUCGGGUCGGGCCAGUAGCACUGGGCCGUCUUCAAGCCACGCCCCCCCACACCUUUCCACCCGCCCACGUCUCAUCCGGGCCCCUCGGGCUGCGUCUGCCAAGGCCUGUGCGCCCGAGCCCCUCCUGUCAUCGGAGCGCAUUGACAAGACAAAGUUCGGAUGACGUCCGCAUCCAAGUCGUUUCUAGAAUUCCAGGGGAACGGUUGAGGUGGGUCUGGGGUCCAAAUGGGGGAUGAGUGACGACGUGGGGUGGCCCUGGGGACCAUCGCUGUGAUGCCAUUGCGCAGGCUCGGGCUCGGGGUGUCACCCAACCGUCCUGCCGACAGUCGCGCGUUUGCGGCGUUUUGCCGAUCGUGGAAGCCAAGGCGGCGUCAAAUUAGCGGUGGUAAUUUCCACAUGUACGGCCGUGGCGGCCAGCCGCACGAAGCUUUCGCAUGUCAAACUCAAUAUGAUUUGUUUGGAUCUAGUUACGAGGCUAGUGCCCAGGUGCAUGGAAUAUCCCGGCUGCCUGUCCCCUGGGUAUGAAUCCAGGGUUCUGGUAAGUGGGUUUCUGCCUCUUCUCAGACCCGAGCCCUCGGGCUCGCUCAACACCCUGCGCGCGCGUUCGCCGUUGAUUAGUUUCACGCGCGAGGCUAGUCUGCCCCUGCCCAUGUUUACUUGAUCGUCCUGAGCUCCAAUGUGGAUACUGGACAGCGAGCUUCCUUGGCCUCUUGCGAACGAGGAAGAAACUUUCUCUCCUUUAGGUGGGCGGUUGGGAUCUGACUCGAGAUACUUCUUGCGCAAAUUGCCUCGAGGUCAACUUGGUGAUCGAGAAGCCAAAGUGUUUGCUUGCCAAGGCCUCAGCCUCAUGGCCACAGACCUCCUGCCUCAGGAUCUGACCAUGCCUCUUCUGGCAAGGACGAUGUCAGCUCGCCGCGCGGGUGGCAUGUACAUAUAUCCUCGAGAUACCCGCCUCUAGCAUCUCCUUCUACUCCGUCUGCCUCAGCGCGAUCUCCUGGGACGGCCUCACCAUAGUCACUCGUUCGACAAUCCCAAUCGCACAUAAUAAUCCAGAAAAGGAAAAAAACUUCAACAUGGCCUACAUCCACUCCAGGAUCACCAUCACCUGCGCCCUGCUGGCCCUGUCGGCGACCGUGACCGCUAGGCGCAUCGACGAGAGCGGCUUUGCACCCGAGGACAUCAUCGUCCGCGAUGUUUGCGUCAUCGGCGGAGGCGCCUCCGGGUCGCAUGCGGCCGUGCGUGUUCAGGACUCUGGAAAGUCAGUCGUCGUGAUCGAGACAAAGGACCGUCUGGGCGGCCAUGUGGACACCUACAACGACCCGCGCACCGGCGCGCCCGUCGACUUUGGCGUCCUGGCGUACCUGGACCUUCCCGGCGUCAAGGACUUCUUUGCGCGCUUCAAGAUCCCCACCAUCCCCAUCACCGGGUCGCCGUUCCAGAACAAGUACGUCGACUUCAAGACGGGCAAGACGGUCGACGGCUACCCGGCCUUCAGCCAGGACGACGUGCGCGCGGCCCUGACGACGUUCGCCAUGACGACCCUCAAGUACAACGACCUCUUCUUCCCGGGCUACUUUGGCCUCGUGGAGCUGCAGAAGAAGGGCGGGGCCGUGCCCGAGGACCUGACCAUGCCGUUCGGGCAGUUCGUGGCCAAGUACAAGAUCGAGGCCGCCGUGCCGACCAUCUGGACCUUCGCGUCCGGGCUCGGCGACGUGCUGGCGGCGCCCACCGUCUUCGUGCUCCAGAACAUCAACGCCGUGCACCUGGGCCAGAUCCAGAGCGGCGGCAUGUUCCGCACCGCCAACAACUCGGCCCUCUACGACGCCGUGGCCCGCCAGCUCGGCCCCGGGUCCGUCAUGUAUGGCAGCCGCGUGGCCGCCGCCGACCGCCGCGCCGAUGGCGUCACGCUGCUGGUCAAGGGCAGCUGCGGCAAGAACAAGCUCGUCAAGGCCAAGCGCCUGCUCGUCACCAUCCCGCCCACCAAGGACAACAUGCACCAGUUCGACGCUGACGCGGCCGAGAACGAGAUAUUCGCCAAGUGGACCGCCACCGACAUCCAGGUUGGGCUCCUGACCGGGUCCAACAUGCCCGACGGCAUCAGCAUCAACAACGCCGACCCCAGCAACGCCACCCUGCACCUGCCCAAGGGCACCUACGUCGACCCCAUCGCCUCGACCGGCAUCCCGGGCAUUUUCCGCACCAUGGUCGUCGGCCCCGCCGGCACGGGCGUGCAGGCCGCCAAGGACCUGGUGCGGUCGGCCGUGCGCGGCUUUGGCGCCGCCGGGACUUUUUCCAACGUCGGCCGCAUCGAUUUCCCGGCCUGGUCCGAUCACGGCGUGUCGCAGCUGCGCGUGUCGGGCGCCGACAUCGCCGCGGGUUUUUACACCAAGCUGUACGCGCUGCAGGGCCAGAAGAGCACCUGGUUCACCGGCGCCGCCUGGGGUGCCGACUACACCUCGAUACUCUGGGUCUUUACCGAGAAGGGCGUCCUGCCGGGGCUGCUGGCUGGGCUGUGAUUGUGUCUUUUUCUCUGGGAUGGAAAACGGGACAGAGAGCUUAAUUGUAUAAUACAUAGACUUGUCGACACUGAAUACAAUCUCAUUUGUUGUAUAUAAGACGCG